AUUCGAUAUACCUGAUUCCAACGCGGUCAUUAAUAUUCACAUUGAAGCGUUUGAGUCCAAGCCUCAAACUAACGUCGACGCCAUGGCCAAGUCCAAAAACCACACCAACCACAACCAGAACCGCAAGGCACACCGCAAUGGUAUCAGGAGACCACAAACUAACCGGUCUCGGUCGCUGAGGGGGGUUGACCUCAAGUUCCGCAAGAACUCGCUGUACGCUCUCAAUGGAUCGCGGAAAGCACGGGCUGAGCAAAAGGCUGCAUCAUGAUUCAGUUGCGAGCAAGUUUCCAGUACGCUUUCACCUCUGGUAUCCAGGGACAUGUCACACACUUGGCACGUCGUGUAUUACCUGCCAUGACUACUACGUAUGGCUUAGGUUAUUGAAAUAUCAUAUCACAUACAUCGCA